GGAAGUUUCCAAAGACUUUUAUAAGAAUAACGAAGCCUUUCAUUUCAUUUUAAUUGCCACCAUCCUUAUCCGGAUGAAAAAAUACUUAGUUCUCGGUCUUCAAAAUAUACGUAAAAUAAACUUUUAAAAAAACCGUCCCGAACUCCGAAUAAUUGACCUGGGCAAAAACCCAUGUCCAACCAAAACAGGGCAUUUGGAAGUCACGGCCUUGGAAGUAACACGUGUCUCACCCGGAAUGACGCCCGGUCUCCCGGUUUGUUUGGGCUUAGGGCUUCCCAGAUUUUCCUCCUCGAUUCGGAGCUGCAAAGUCCUGGAGGGUAUUUUUGGAAAUGGUAAGAUUUUGGGACACGUUUUUGACGUGACUCGCUCUUCCUGUCUCAGCCACAGGUCGUCCCGUACACCACGAGCUUGCGGAACCACCGGAUUUAGAAUAAGAGAGAGGCGGGGAGAGGAAGGAGAAGACUAUCUUGUCUUAUACUGUCCAUUCAGCUCAUCGGCGUCAGAAUCGGAUCCCUCGUUGCCGCACCAUGACGACGAAGAGAACGAAGACUCUGCGACCCAUGAAAAAGGUCGGUUCCACUCUUGGAUUCCAAGGUCAACACUGCAACAAUUCAACUCUUUAGCCAACCUGACCAAAGUAUGGCUCCUUUGAUGUGCACGAAGGUUGUUUGCUAUUGAGGGAGUCAUGAUUGUGCAUUCAUGCCUCCCUCUUGCAGUUAUGUUGGCCCUCAAUAAUUGGUUCCCGAUUGUGGAUACGUUGUGCUUUACUUCCCAAAUGGAGUAGGUGUUCAGUUGACUCUUUCACCUUUUGGAUGUCACUCGAUAGUCAAUCUUGAUUAUAUUAGAGAUAAGCUACGUAAUAUAACGUGGAACAUUUCGAAUUACAUGUUGUCAACCAG